AUGGGAGUUGAGUCACUAACAAUUUGUUCAGCUAAUCUAGACAAGAACGUGACGAAGGAGCAUAUCUACUCGCUGUUCCUUCCAUUUGGACCAAUUGUGGAUGUGGUUCCCGUGACGGAUCCUAAACACGGGUUCCGCGGGUCUGCUGAUAUCGAAUUCGAGACGGAAGAGGACGCUGCUGCCGCCAUUGAUAACAUGGAAGGUGCCCAAGUGUUCGGCAAAACGCUCCACGUGCGACUGUCUCGCAAAGAUCUCAGCGAAGGGGCCCCUCGGGUCGAUAUGAACAAGGCCCUGUGGGCACAGGACCACGAACAGGACCAACCGUCGACGGAACCGGAGUAA